AUGGCUUGCACGAUCGAUUUUCGGCGGCUGGACGAGGGCUUCGGCGGGAAAACCUUCAAGCGCAAGAGAUCCGAGCAAGAAGCGGAGAAGCUAAAGCUCCUCGAUCCGUUCUUGGAGAAUGAGUCCAUGGACGUCGACGACGCCAGUGGCGGCCCACCCGGCUCGAAGCGGCAGGCCGUCGAGUCCUCCUCCGACCCCAACAAGCCAUCCUUCGGCAAGCCGACGUACGACGGCGUGAUCGCCGGAAAGGUGUCGGGGAGGAAGUGGAAGCAGGUGCGCACUCAUCGUGCGUCGGCGGUGCUCGUCAGCAAGAAGGGCACGACGGUGGAGCAGCGGAUGAAGGAGAGGGAGAUAAAGAAGGCGUACAGAGAGAGGAUGAACGAGUUGAAGGAGGAGAUACGCCAGAACAAGCAGGAGAAGCGGCGGCUCCGUGAGGAGAGGGAGAAGAAGAAGCAGGAGAAUGUCCUCAGGUCUGGUACCAAGCUUCAGAAGAUCUCCAAUCCCAAGACUCUGAAAAAGAUUGCUAAAUCUAAGCAGAAGAAGCUUCUCAAGGUCGUUCCUGAUGAUGUUUUCAACAGAAGUAAUUCAUCCGGCAAGAAGAACAAGAAUUAA